GGCACGCUGAACCAUACUGUGAGAUGCACUGAUACGGUUAGCUCUGUCGUGACUACCGAAACGCAUAGUGUUAGUACAUGAAUGAGCGUUGCUGCGGAGCACUUGGGGCAAGCAAUGACACUCGUGUCAAGGAGCCCGCACGUGCAAAUCUGCAGAAAAACAGCCGCAUUUUUCCCCUGCGGCUGAGCUCGACCACAAAGCAUUGCUCCUCCGAGCCCGUGGGGUGCUCGCCGACAACGCGCUUCCCGACCGUCGGCUCGAGGGGCAGCAGGAGGAGGCAAACUGAGCAUCGUCGACAAGUGAUCUGUCGCCAAGCUAUGGGCCAGGAAAAAUGCAGCGCUACCGCGCCAAAGCAGUGCGUCUUCGAUAUGGGCCGGCGGAUUGAGCGAAGCGAUUCAAUCAUCCGACAAAUCUCGAGCAACUCAGCCUGGCAUUAGCCUGGCAUUGCCUUUGGCCGGAUGAGAAAAGUUGUGUGCACCUACGCAGCCGCUGUCUUUCUCGACAGUGGCAAUGAGCUGCGAGAGCGCUGGAUCCAUGGAUCGCCUCCUGCGAAAGUUUGCGGGGCGUCAGAAGAGAGAGAGAGAGAGAGAAAAACAAAAAAAAAAACUAGCAGGGCAAUGGACACGCAGAAGAGAGAUGAGGAUGACAACAAUUAUGGCAAAAGAGUUUGUCCUGCUCUUGUGUGGCAAGCUGGCGAUGGCCGAGAGGCCAGACAGCUACAACUCGACGUGCGGCGCUCUGCUUUGCGCAGAAAAUUCGCCAGGUGAGGACGUGAUACUCAAUCCGAUGACCCCUUGGUCCACGGCGUGUGAAGUUGUUGCCCCUCCCUGCCUCUUGGGCAGUCCCGGGGCGAUCAUGAAGACCUCUUGGGUGCUGAACUCACGAAGGCAAAUAUGCUAAAAUGUACGUUCCCGUAGAAACCUUGCGCAGGCCACAGCGCGUAGGCAGUGGGUGAAGAUGUGCACGGAAGCGGAUGCUCUUCAGCAUGCCGCCCGUGCCCUGUAAGCAGAACCUACGACUACCUCACUCAUACACGUCGGUCGGAAGAAGUAGGUAAAGACAUGAAGCAGAAAGGCGGGUAAAGAAGAUUGGGUCCAGGCCCUCCCAGAGAAUAACAAAACACAGCAAGAGCGUGCCGAGUCUUGAAGUAGGAAGGCGCUUGAAGUAGACUGGGAUCUGGGAGUCCGAGAAGACCCACUUUCAACGAUCGGCGUGCAAUUCUCACCAGUGAGAGGAGCGAAGCCUCGAGGGUCGAAGCACUCGUGGCACCAGCUGCCCAGGCGCCCACCAGAGCCCACGUCGCCGACCGCGGAGCGGUGCUCGAAGAGGGCGAAGAGGAGGACGCAGCACGUCUGGUCCGACCACCGCGCCGCCAGAGCAUUCCACAUCUACAGGAUCACGGGGUGCCAAAUCCUGCGACUGGUGAUGCUCUUCGAACCAUUCCCAAAGGCCUUCUGUGCACAUCUGAUUAUGGACUUGUCUACGCGUCUGCCACACAAACUUCCGACCGGUCUUCGCCAUGAUGCAGAGUAAAUCUGCCUGGAUCGACGUUCCAUCGGAACCAGCUUUGAAAUAAAAGUCGGCAUCUAUGCGCAGAUAAUACUCUUACUUAUCAAAGGCCGGAUGCUGGUACAUCGCCUUGGUAAAAAACUGGUUCAUGCGCUUGUAGCUUGUACUCACGGCUUUUGCACAAUCGUUCAUCUUCCCCUCCCAAGCGUCAUCGUCGGCGAUGACCUUUGGGAAGGCGAGAUCGAAAUCUUCAACCUCAAAGUUCUAGGUAUCGUUGCCCAAAACUUCCUGUGCAACCUUCAUCACUCGUUCGCGGGAGGGGGAACUUGCGAAGCUAGAAAGAUCAUACUCGCGCAACUCUUUACUGGGGACGAACACUUUCACGUCGUACGCCCAAUGCUUCAAUAUGAAAUAGCGAAGUCUUGACAAGCCGUCACAACACAUAUUCAGAUCUGACUGUCUGGUCACCAGGUAAACGAUGACACCAUUUUCGAGUGGCGCUGCUCCGUGGGAGAAGUAUCCUUGAUGGCAGUGGUCCCACGCUUCCGAGGCGCGCGACUUCUCUUCAGGGUCGGGCCCCUUCUUCUCGGGGCCACCGGAUUCGAGCCCCGCUGAGAACCUGCUGGCGUCUCCAGCGUGCUGGAAAUACCACGUGUCGAAGUCGUCCUCCUCGUCCGUAUCCCUGCCGGCGGCAGCGAAAUCACCGAUGAUGACAUCGUCGCGGUUCGCUUCGCGUGCCGCGCGCUCGCUGGCGACAGCGGGCCGGACAGGCCGAGCGUCGAGCCCGACCGCCGAUCGGAUCAGCAUCAGGGCGGCCGCAACCGCCAACACGUGCAGCCCCGCCGUCUGGGAAGCUCGGCGUGGGCUCAGGUUAGGUUAAAGGUAAAUUAGGUUCGGUGCGAAAGUUCUGCACUGGAGCCAAAACUGC